AAAUCACUUGCAAAGCCUCUUCAUUCUGCAAAUUGCAAUCCAGUUCAACUUCAACCCUAUAAAACUUUUUUUUUUUUACUAUUAUUUAUUAUUAUUAAUUAUUAUUAUUAUUAUUAUUAUUAUCAUCCAUCAGAUUUUCAAAGCCAUCAAACAUUUUAUUCCUUGAGAUCUUAAAACAAAAGAAAAAAACAUUCACAGCUGUUUUUUAGACUAAUGUUUCACUCCUUUACUCUAUUUUCUCUCUCAAAACAAGCAUAGAAUAAAGUGUUGGAUAGAAAAACAAUGGAAUAAGCUAAAGUUCAUUGCUAUCUGUUACUUUUUCUCAAGAAAAGUAGUGAAAGAGGAGGUGUAUUUGUUUCAUUGCUCAAAGAGCAACCCAAAAGAUUAAAAAUGGUGUCCAUUAAACCCUCAUUUUUUAUAUUUAUUAUCUGUAUUUUUUGGUGUUUUGUGCUCUUAAAUUUAUCACUUGUAAAUGCAAGUGUGGGUUAUGAUCAUCAUGCAAUUACCAUUAAUGGGCAAAGAAGGAUUCUUAUUUCUGGGUCUAUUCACUACCCAAGGAGUACCCCUGAGAUGUGGCCAGAUCUUAUUCAAAAGGCUAAAGAAGGUGGUUUAGAUGUAAUUCAAACCUAUGUUUUCUGGAAUGGACAUGAACCUGAACAAGGAAAAUACUACUUUGAAGAAAGGUAUGACCUUGUGAAAUUCAUCAAGUUAAUUCAACAAGCUGGUCUAUAUGCGCAUUUAAGGAUUGGACCUUAUGUUUGUGCAGAGUGGAACUUUGGGGGGUUUCCUGUUUGGUUGAAGUAUGUUCCUGGAAUUAGCUUCAGAACAGAUAAUGGACCUUUCAAGGCUGAAAUGCAAAGAUUCACAGAGAAAAUUGUUAACAUGAUGAAAGCAGAAAAAUUAUUUGAAUCACAAGGAGGUCCAAUUAUUCUGUCUCAGAUUGAAAAUGAAUAUGGGCCAAUGGAGUAUAAACUUGGUGCACCUGGUAAAGCUUAUAGUAACUGGGCGGCCAAAAUGGCUGUGGGAUUAGGUACUGGUGUCCCAUGGGUCAUGUGCAAGCAAGAUGAUGCUCCAGACCCAGUUAUCAACACAUGCAAUGGUUUCUAUUGUGAUUACUUCUCUCCAAAUAAGGCUUAUAAACCAAAAAUGUGGACAGAGGCUUGGACUGGAUGGUAUACUGAAUUUGGGGGUCCAGUUCCUAGCAGACCAGCUGAAGAUCUGGCAUUUUCUGUUGCUCGAUUCAUACAGAAAGGGGGUUCUUUUGUCAAUUAUUAUAUGUAUCAUGGUGGUACUAACUUCGGCAGAACUGCGGGUGGUCCUUUUAUUGCUACUAGCUAUGACUAUGAUGCUCCUCUGGAUGAAUUCGGACUCUUGAGACAACCCAAAUGGGGUCAUUUAAAGGAUUUGCAUAGGGCUAUUAAACUAUGUGAGCCAGCUCUAAUUUCCAGUGAUCCGAAUAUUAUCCGACUGGGAAGAAGUCAAGAGGCUCAUGAAUUCAAGUCAAGAUCUGGAGCUUGUGCUGCAUUCCUUGCCAACUAUAAUCCAAGUUCUUAUGCAAAGGUGUCUUAUGGGAAUAAUCACUACAACUUGCCCCCUUGGUCAAUUAGCAUUCUUCCUGAUUGCAAGAACACUGUCUACAACACUGCAAGGGUUGGGGCUCAGAGUGCACAAAUGAAGUUCACUCCUGUGUAUCAACACUUCUCUUGGCAAUCAUACAACGAUGAGACAGCUUCGACUGAUGACAGUGCGUUUUCAGUGGUGGGGUUAUUAGAACAGGUUAAUACCACAAGAGAUAGGACUGAUUACUUGUGGUAUAUGACUGAUGUCAAGAUUGAUCCCAAUGAGGGAUUCUUGAGGGGUGGAAAACGGCCAGUUCUCAAUGUAAUGUCAGCCGGACAUGCUUUGCAUGUUUAUAUCAAUGGGCAAUUAGCUGGCACCGCCUACGGAAGUCUUGAAUUCCCCAAGGUUACAUUCAGUGAAGGUGUGAACUUGAGGGCUGGAAUCAACAAGAUUUCACUACUCAGCCUUGCUGUUGGGCUACCGAAUGUUGGCCCUAACUUUGAGCGGUGGAAUGCUGGUGUUCUCGGUCCUGUUUCUUUAAGCGGUCUGAACGAGGGUAGGAGGGACUUGACAUGGCAGAAAUGGUCAUACAAGAUUGGAAUGAAAGGAGAAUCAUUGAGUCUACAUUCACUUACCGGUGUCUCCAACGUUGAGUGGGUUGAAGGCAAGUUUCUGUCCCAACGACAACCAUUGACGUGGUAUAAAACUACUUUCAAUGCGCCACAUGGAAACGAGCCCCUUGCUUUAGAUAUGGGUGCCAUGGGUAAAGGUCAAGUAUGGAUUAACGGAAAGAACAUUGGGCGUUACUGGCCUUCUUAUAUAGCAAAAGGUUCAUGCAGCGACUGUAGCUAUGCUGGGUAUUUUAGCGAGAAGAAAUGCUUAAGCUAUUGUGGAGAUGCUUCUCAGAGAUGGUACCAUGUUCCACGGUCAUGGCUGAAGCCGACAGGAAAUUUGAUGGUUGUAUUUGAAGAAAUGGGUGGAGACCCGAAUUGGAUAUCGUUAAUGAAAAAAGAAAUAAACAGCAUCUGUUCCGACAUUAAUGAGUGGCAACCGAAUCUAGUAAAUUGGCAUUUGAAAUCUUCUGGGAAAAUCAGUAGACCAUUGCGGCCAAAGGCUCACCUGUGGUGUGCUCCCGGGCAGAAGAUUUCCUCGAUUAAAUUUGCCAGUUUUGGGACGCCCGAAGGUUCUUGUGGAAACUACAGAGAAGGAAGCUGUCACGCCCACAAGUCGUAUGAUAUAUUUGAAAGGGAUUGUGUUGGUCAGGCGGGUUGUGCUAUAACCGUUGAACCCGAGCUAUUUGGAGGAGAUCCAUGCCCUAAUGUUAUGAAAAAGCUCGCAGUUGAGGCAAUUUGCAGCUGAUGUGCCUCUCUAUCAUAACCUUCGUAAGGAAGGCUUUCAUAUUCUCCAAUCAUUACGUUAUUAAAAUCUCGAUGUGGCGUAUUUCCAUUGAUUUUAUUCAUCCAUACCAUUUCCAUUUCCGCUUUUGACUUGGUGAAGUUGUACAAACUCCACAACACACUCGAGUCCAAAGCAUGUACAUAAACAAGCUGUCCUUCAUUUUUUGUGCUUAAAAUAGAGUGCAAAGGUGAACAAGUCGAACCGACUUUAUUAGUCGAGGAGGGGAUUGUAGCUAGCACUUGCACAUUGAGAUAAUUAUAAGAAUCCAUGUGCUGAUGUGCAACACAUGUAUCAUUUAGAUUAUGUGUUUAUCCUGUUCCCUUCUCUUAGUGAAUUUUCUAUCAUAGGCAAUUUUUCAUUGCUCUCCAUUUGGUGUAACAGUUGUAAUAGCUACAUAGAAGUAAUUAUAAGCUCGUUUUUACAUAACUCGGGCUUUGCUUUUCAA